UGCGACAGCUCGUGCUUCGAAGGCCAAGACACUUGAGCAUUAGGAUAUCCCCACAGCCAACUACGACUGUUCCCGCGCGAUGGGUGCAUGCUGCGAGAACGUCGUUGGUUACAUGCCCAUUCCACUUGGUAUCGCUGGCCCUCUGAAGAUUUACGGCGAAAUGCACUAUUCCCAUGGCCACCGCUGAGAGCGCACCUGUUGUUUUUAUCUCUCGCGAAUACAAGGCGCUCAACUCUGGCGGUGCCACGACCGUUGUCACCUACGACGGCAUGAGUCUUGGACUUGCCGUCAACUUCCCGAGUAUCGUGCGGGCCGCCGCUGCUCGCGCAUGGAUCGAGAGCCCGAGGGCUACGGCAUUGUCAAGGAGGCCUUCGAGUCUACUUCCCGCUUCGACAAGCUCCAGAGCGUCAAGUGUGCCAUGGCCGACUGUACACUGUACGCUCGUUUCACGACCCGCACUGGCGCUGCGAUGGGCAUGAACACGAUCUUGAAGGCGACGGAGAAGGCGCUCGAAGUCUUGGACAGGGAGUUCCCAGAGAUGACCGUCCUCGCGCUUUCGGGCAAUUGCUGCACGAAUAAACAAGAAGCCCGCUGCAAUUAGCUGGAUCGAGGGCCGUGGCAAAUGUAUCGUCGCCGAAGCCAUCAUUCUCGGCAAGAUCUCCAAUACUGCCCUCAAGACGACCGUCGAGGCGCUGUGCAACCUGAACAUCAAGAAGAACGUCGUCGGCAGUGCGAUGGCUGGCUCGGUUAGAGGGUUCAAUGCCCAUGCGGUCAAUAUUCUGGCUGCUAUCUUGACUAUCAGUCAGAACUCUGCGCAGAACGUCGGGAGCUCCAGCUGCAUGAUGCUUGUGGAACCGUGAGUAGAGA